AUGUUUUACGAGGGGGUUCAAGUGGUUGAGUUACAAGGUGGUGUGAUGGAUACGCAAACGCAGCGUCCAUACGAUCAGGAUACUCUUCAAUUAGUAUUCUCGAGUUCAAAAAAUUUUGCGUCGGCUGUGAUCGCUAGACUUGUAGGGAAAGGACUUUUAAAUUAUAACGAAAAAAUUUCUACUUAUUGGCCGGAAUUCGCACAAGGCAAUAAAGAAAACGUCACAUUGGGUGAUUUGAUGGUGCAUGUUGCUGGUGUCAGUUUUAUCGAUCAUCAUACAAUAAAAGUUGAAGAUUUGAAGGAUAUGGAUCAUUUGGCGAAAAUUCUUCAAGAACAACCUCAUAAUUGGAAUGGCGUGCCAACCAGAGCUUAUCAUGCGGUCACUCGUGGCUGGUAUUUGAAUGAAAUUGUACGUCGAGUUGAUCCACAGCAUCGAACAAUUGGAAAAAUUAUUGAACAAGAAUUUCAAGAGCAAUACGACAUUGAAUUUCAUCUUACUCUUCCCGAAGAGAUGGAGUCACGUGUGGCCACCAUUUAUGAAUACCCAUUACUAAGAAUUUUAGGAAAAAUGAUUUUCCCAUCAUGGAUGGUUUCAGAACCGCUACAUGAAAUUUUCAAAGAUAUGAUUAAUCCCAAAAGCAUACCAUACAAAUCGUUAGUACAUUCAGCACCAAGUCAAGAACAACCCGGCGCUUACAAUCGUCGCGAAUUUCGCGUAGCCGAAGGUCCAAGCUAUAGUGGCAUUACCAACAGUCGAUCAAUGGGAAAAUUGGCGGCUCUUCUUGCAAACAAGGGACAACCAAUCCGUCCUGACGAGCCUGUACUAUUAAGUGAAACUUCUUAUGAAUUGGCUGUUAAACCCCUUCCACCCGUUUAUGAUGCCGUUUUGCAUGAGUACAUGACACCCACCGUUGGAGGUUAUGGUUUGUGGCGUCUUGAAGGUCUUGAGGAUAUUGAACUCUUGGGAUGGGGUGGAUCUGGUGGAAGUAUGCUUUUAUGGAAUCACGAAUAUAACAUUGCUUUCGCUUAUUGUAUGAAUGCGUUUAACACUGCGUUAUUGGGCGACAAACGAUCAAAACGAUUGUUGAGAGAGUUUGUUGAUAUUGUUAAAGCAAAGCAUGCAUUAAAACAACAAUCCAAUUGA